UGAUCGCUAAACGCCGAACGAGAUAGUCGUAAAACUCGGGUAACGCAUCCGUUUCAAUUUCGAAUCGAAUCGAAACGAAUCGCAUCGAAUCGUAGCGUAUCGAAUUGAAUUAAAUUGUAAAUGAAUGUGGAUAAGUGAAUGGGUGUGAUUGAGUGUGUGUUAUGAUUGUUGUCGAGCCAUAAAGUGCAUUGAGCCAUUAAAUUACCUGUCCAAGCGAAUCACCCAACGAUGACGACCAAUGUCAACGAAGAGGGCAGCUCAGCUAAUCCCAGCUCCCCUCCCGCGCGACCCACAUCCCUUCCCAUCAGCACGGUGUCCGUGGUCAAUGCGGGAGAUACACAGACGCCCUCGCCAAAUGGCAAUCACAAGAGCACCAUUGUGAUCGAGAGCCAGCCGAAACGACGGGUCAGCAUUGUGUCCGAGGGCCCAGUGCUUGGCUACGAUAAUCCCGCCUUUGAUCAGAGUCAUGCACGUAAAAUAUCCCAGUGCUCAGCAAACUCACCGCUGGAAAUAGGACCGCCUGGACGCAGGAGAAGCAUUCUGAAAGACACCUUGGCGCAUGACAAUGAUAGCGAUCGUAUGUCGACAUAUAGCAACGAGAACUACAGACAGAGUGCGCUGGACGUGCUCAAUGCCAAGUACAAUAAUCUGCAAAGUGUGCUGGGAUCACAGGACAACAAUGGCAACUAUGUGGAGCAAUCAUGGAUCUACAAUUUCUGCCUCAAAUUUCGGGGCGAAGAACCCAAUGAGGCCUGGGAGCCACCUUUCUGGCAAAAGAUCUUUCCCUUCCCACUGUGUCCCACGUUUAGGACAUUCUCGCGCCUGAUUGCAUUGACUGCAAUUGGUGCUCUACUCUGGAUUAUCUCAUUUGUGAUCAUUGGCGACUCUGCUGCCCCUGGCGGGCAGCUCUUCAGCAUGGUUGUGCUCACAGUGGCGGCUAAUUUCGGUGGCUAUCUGAUGUCGUUGACGACAUUGCCACGCCUUAUCGGCAUGCUCCUGGUGGGAGUAUUAUUCGAGAGUCUUGGCUGGGUCAAUCUCGAUGGCGACUUCUCCAAGGUGACAGCGCAUUGUCGCAAGUUCGCACUCACCGUAAUUCUGACUCGAGCUGGCCUCGAAAUGGAUCCCGAAGCCUUUAAAAAGGUCUACAAGACCAUUCUCAAGCUGGGUAUUGUGCCCUGGUUCGUCGAGUUCUGUGUCAUAGCUGUGAUGUCACACUACUUGCUCGAUCUGCCCUGGAUCUGGGGCUGUCUGUUGGGAUCCAUUAUGGCAGCCAUUGCUCCAGCAGUCGUUGUGCCUUGUCUCUUCCGGUUGCGCACCAAAGGAUAUGGUGUAACCAAGGGCAUCCCAACGCUUGUGGUCGCCGUCUCAGGUGUCGACGAUGCCAUCUCUGUGGCCGUCUUCGGCAUCAUUAGCACGAUUAUGUUUACGGACAGGGGACAACUCUAUCUAAUCUCCCAGGUGCCUGUCUGCAUCAUUGGCGGCCUGGGCUUUGGCAUCAUCUGGGGUUUGUUGGCGCGCAUCUUUCCCGAGAAGGGCGACGCCUAUGUGGUGCCACUGCGUACUCUUCUUCUCUUCGUUGGCAACCUGGUGGCCAUAUAUGGCAGUGACAAGCUUGGCUAUGAAGGUGCCGGCCCCUUAGCUGUGGUCUUCUCAUCGUUUAUUUCGAAUUACUUCUGGUGCAAGGAUGGCUGGACCAUCGAUGACAAUCCGGUGGGCACAGGCUUCGAGAUCUUCUGGAUGAUCUUUGAGCCCAUUCUCUUUGGUUUAACUGGUGCCACGAUCAAGAUAAGGCAAUUGGACUCGAGUUUGCUUUACACUGGCGCUGCUUGCAUCUUCUCGGGCGUCAUCAUACGCAUCUUUCUCACUGCUGGUAUCGCCUUUGGCGAUCGUCUCAAUAUCAAAGAGAAGUUCUUUGUGGGUCUCUCGUGGAUGGCCAAGGCAACAGUUCAGGCUGCCCUGGGACCUGUGGCGCUAAGGCAUUUGGGCGAUAAAGCCUCGGAAAAUGAAAUCAAAUGGGCCAAGACUGUGCAGACAAUUUGCAUUCUCAGCAUCAUCCUCACAGCUCCACUGGGCGCCAUUUUAAUCUCCGUGACAGGUACAAGAAUGCUGACGAAGACGAAGCAGCCUCAGAUCUUGACGGGUUGGCGGCGCAGUCAUCGUCCUUCUAUACGUGACAUUAGUAUCAUUGAUGAGGAGGAGGAACGCGAGGAUCCCGAGACGCCUAAGGAUAAGCAGACGCAGGAAAAUACAGAGAAUAACGCGCACAUUCCGAAUUAUUCUUACACGAAACAUCAAUAAUUGCUGAAGUCAAACGAAUUGUUCAAUUCGUAUCUAAUUGUACAAUAAUAAAUAGAGAUUUGCCCUCCUGGAAAUCAUUCUAGACAUGUUAAAUAUUUAUAUAUUUUGUCAAAGAAAUCAACUUUGUUUUCAA